GGAAGGAAGGAAGGAAGGUGUGUCCUUGUCCUUGCCCCACGGAAGGAAGGAAGCUGCAGCAAGAGGAAGACCAAGGAAGAAGGAUGGCCGCCGCCGCCGCCCCGACGGAGAUGGCGCUCUCCUCGGCGGCGGACGGCUCGGCAGACGAAGAAGAGGACCAGUGCCGCAUCUGCCGCUUCCCCGCCGAGCCGGAUCGCCCCCUUCGCCGCCCCUGCGCCUGCAGCGGCUCCAUCCGCUUCGUCCACGACGACUGCCUCCUCCGAUGGCUCGCCACCCGCCGCCACUCUCGAUGCGAGGUGUGCCAGCGUGACAUCGCCCUCAGCCCUCUCUACGCUCCAGGCGCGCCCGCGAGGCUGCCCGUCUCCGAAUUCAUGCUCGGCUUGGCCAACAAGAUCAUGGGCUGGACUGCCAUCCUGCUCUGCCUCCUCUUCUCCGUCUUCGUCUGGGAGUUCCUCAUGCCCUUCACUACUCUCUGGACAUGGCGCCUCGCCCUCACCAGGAGCUUUGCCCAGCUGCGCCACCUGCUCUCCGUCCGCCUCUCCGCCACCUCCAUCCUCGCCGAUGGCGUCUACAGGUUCAGGUUCAUGCCUUCCGUGGACACCAUACUCGCCUGUGUUUCUCUCAGGAGAACCUUCCUCAGGGAGCUUCACAAUGUUAGGCAACUCAAUGGGCUUGCCCGAGUUGCCGCUGAUGCUGUUGCUCCUUUUGCGCUCUGGGUUGCUCGCCUAGAGGCUCGCCUUCAGAACAGGUUUGGGGGAUUGGAUACCCUGCAAGUCCUUGCGCUGCAUACUGUUGAAGCUUCCUUGAUGGUGGUAAUAGCUGACAUAGCCGUCGCUUGUAUCUUUGGUUUUGUCCCCUUCUCACUGGGAAGGAUAAUCCUAUGGUGCAUAUCGUGUUUCAGUUUUGACAAUGUUGUGGAUGAAGUCAACUCAUACACUUCAACAGUUGCCAUGCUUCUAAUUGGAUAUGGAUUUAUCUUUUCGCUGGGUGUAACUUUUACUGGGAUGCAUACUUUUCAUCAAUACUCGAGGGGCGAGCGCCUUCUGAUUGCAAUUUUCUUCAAGGCCUUGACCAAUUGGAUAUGCUGGUUGUUGAGCCCCUUUAGAAGGCUGCCUGAUAUACAUGCAAUGGUCCGUGGGACAUUCUCUUUCUGCCAUAAGUUGUUCAGAGGGAUCAUAAUUUCAAUCACUGUUGCCAAUAUUUCUCUUAAUCUCAUAAUUACGCUUAUAAUACCCCCCUUGCUCUUUGGCUGGUUGCUUGAUAUCUGCACUUCAGAAAUGUUUGGUGCGACAGUAUAUCAGAGGUUCAAACUUCUAUGGGCUUCAUCCUUUUUUUCUAUUGCUCUUCAUUGGCUUAUUGGAUUCAGCUUUUUAAAGCUCCACUCCAUGUUGUCCCGUCUUCUUCACCUGACAUUGAGGCCAGGAGUUAGUAUUCCAUUUGCCCACCUUGCUGAAGUGAAAACAGCCACGUGUGAACCAUUCUAUAAAUUUUCUUUCAAGAAGCUUCCUGGCCUUCUUGUUGGAAUUAUCUACGUUGGUAUGGUCGUUCUUGUUCCUGUGCAAAUUGCUGGUCGAUUGGCACCUAAGCUGUUCCCAUUAGAGAUCGCCUCUUUCGAUCCUCCUGCCAAGGGCACAUCAUUUUGGCAAGCACCACGAAACUAUGCCGAGUUACUUUCUGGUGCUCUUCUUCUGAGGUUUCUCAUUUGCAAUACACUCAAAUACCUUGAGCCUGGCACACUAAUGGAGAAGAUAGUACGAUAUUGGUUUCUCACUACUGGACAAGCUCUGGGUCUAUUGGAUUUGUUGAUUGUCCACUCUGGUAGAACCUGUGGACAUGAGGUUCGGAAUAAUGCCGCACCAAAAGACCAGCAUGGCAGCAUUUAUGAAGCUAAGGCUAAAAGGAGAUUUGUGGCAGUUCGUGUGCUACUACUAGUGUUUCUAGCAUGGCUGACUGUUGUGAUAUUCAAUUCUGCUGUGCUUAUUAUUUCAGUCUCACUUGGGCGUGCAUUGUUAUUUGCCAUCCCUCAGAUGCCAGUAGCAGGUGGACUAAAAUUCAAUGAUCUGUUUGCUUUUGCUGUUGGAUUUUGCAUCAUAUCAACUAUUUUUGCGGCCUCUAGAACUUCAUUUGUCUACAUGACUUCUGGGAGAACACGCCUUCUAGCUUCUGUAAUCUGCAAAUGGGGUAUAACUGCUUUGAAGAGCUCUCCGCUUUUGUUCAUAUGGAUUGUCAUCAUUCCCAUUUUGAUUGGACUGCUGGUUGAUUUUCUUCUGAUAUCACCCUUCAUGUUCCUGGUUGAUUUUCUACUGAUGUCGCCCUUCAUUGUGCCCACCGAUGACAUUCCUGUUCUAGACUCUUUCAGCAUUUGGUUCCUGGGGUUGUUAUCGCUGAAGUUUUGGACUAAGUUGGCUCAUUGGACAAGGGACACACCAUUCCUGGCGCAUUUCAUUGAUGGAAGGUGGGAGUGGAAGCUUACGCAGGCAAAGGAGGAUGGGUUUGCAGGGUUGAGGGCAAUGUGGGUGUUGCGAGAUGUAUUGAUGCCCAUCACCACAAAACUAGUGAGUGCUCUUGGUGUUCCUUACGUGCUUGCCGGGUGCUUCUUCCCAAGAUUCGGAUACUCUGUUGCGGUGAACACAACGGUGCACCGUUUCGCGUGGUUGGGCAGCCUCGCGUUGUGCGGGCUCUGCUACCUUGCCAAGGUAUUCUGCCGCGUCCUGGUGAAACUCCAUGAUUCGAUUCGGGAUGAUCGCUAUCUUAUUGGGCAGAGGCUGCGAGACUACCCUGAUGAUGUAUAGCUGAUAGAACAUAUGCUCCUUCUCUCCAUUUCCACUAGUUUAGUUAGCUAGCGAGCUUUUAGUGCGCUAAUUGAAGAGGCCACGUUACUGGCGGAGAGUAUACGCAAUUAGAUGUCAGUCAGAGAGAGUUUUCUUGUAAAUAUGGAUGCUGUUUUCCUUGCAUGUGAUGUGAGAGUAGGGACUGGAAGAGUUGUGUUGGUUUCAUGCUGUGAGUGUUUUGGUUUCAUCGUAGAUUUUGUCAGGGCAAGUGAAUUGUUACCCCCAAGGUUGUGCACCGUUGAUGUGUUCUUGCGGAGUGGGCCAGAAUACCAAUAAGUAGCGGGGGCAGUUGAGAAGGCAGACAGAUCCAUGGAGCUCAGACUUAUCCCAAUGCUCAAAUGGCGCCUGUCUCUUGAUCGUUGAAAUCAACAUUUUGCCUGCAUUGGUUUU